AUGGCUACAGUGAAACCCAGCGUGGGGGACCUGGAGCGGUACCUCAAAUCCCUCAAGGGCAAGCCGUUGGAAGCUUCAAUUGACGGUCUCAUUUCGCUGCUGAAGCGAAGACAGAUCCAGGGCUCCGAGCUCUGCGCCGUCGCGACCGCCCACAUCCUCCUCCAAGUCGUCGCCAAGUCCAAAUGGUCCGAUGUCGAUCAACUCUUGGAAAAGAUCCAACAGAUCGGUCUACGCCUCAUCGCCGCUCAGCCCAAGGAGCUUGUUGUGGGCAACAUUGUCAGGCGCGUGCUCAGUCUGAUUCGAGACGAGGCUGCCGAGGACCGCAACGAAGAUGCCAGCGAGACGGCUACAGAGGUGGGGACCACUCCUACAACAGCAGUGCCCGACCCUUCCAAGUUGGAGCACCAGUGGCCCCCUUCGACAUAUACCAAGCAGGAUGCUGGCGCAGACUACAUCUCAAGCGGCCCGAGACCGGUCCGUCCCGGCGCUCUUACCUCAACGAGCUCCUUCCACGUCUCCAAGUCACUCUUCUCUCUUCUCGAGGCCUCUCCCCCAGCAGAUGUCGGCGCAAUUAUGGCUGGAUCGCCCUUCGGCAAGGACUCGGGUGCUUCGACCCCUCUCCGCGGGCAGUCGACUAAGGUUCACGCUCUCAGGUCAGAGGUCAUCGAGGGUAUUGAGGAGCUCAAGGACGAGAUCAGCCAAGUAGAUGACCAGAUUGCCGCGGCUGCUGAUGUCCAGAUUCACCCAGGCGACUACGUGCUCGUCCACCAGCCUUCAGCCACUGUUCAAAAAUUCAUUUUGCGCGCGGCCACGCGGAGAAGAUUUACCGUAUUCAUUGCGUCGGAGCCAGCUCGCGGAUCCAACGAGGGCCCCUACGCAUCAUUUAGAAAGAAGCUGAGCGCUGCCGGCAUUGACUCGAUCAGCAUCCAGAACGGCGGCAUGAUGGCCUACAUGCCACGGAUCAACAAGGUCAUCCUCGGCGCGAGAGCUGUUCUGGCUAACGGAGGUAUCCUCACGGACGCAGGAGCCGGCGUCAUCGCCCGUGCAGCCAAGGAGCAGGGCAACCCUGUUAUUAUCCUCAGUGGUGUGUACAAGCUUUGCCCAGAGAGCUACUUUGACGAGGAGAGCUUGGUAGAAUGGGGUAGCUCCAUGAACCAUGUGAGCUUCGCAGACGGGGCCAUGGUCAAUGGUGUCGACAUUCGGAGCGCCGUCAGCGAGUUUGUGCCUCCGGAGCUUCUCGACACCUACAUCACAAACCUCGGCGCCCAUUCUCGCAACCAUCUGUCAACCAUUAUCGCCGAUCAUUACAAGCCAGAGGACGUGGACUUCCACCUUUGGAGCACCGAGGCUGACCGGUGA